UUUCUCGAUUUGGUCGAAGUUAUAAAUAAAAACUUAUUUACCGAGAUUUGAUCUGACCAAUUCGUUCAUUUACUUUUCUUCUCGAUUCAUUUAUUACAAAACAUCAUUAGCUCAAUUAUUAUUGUUUGUUUCUCGGUUUCUGAAUUAAUGCUGUUCUUGUAGAAGUGUUCUGAUCCCUUAAUUCAUUGUAGGGUUUUGUGUUUGUGUGAGCUAAGUGUUACAUCUAGAACAGUGAAAUCUCAAGACUCUAUUAGAUCGUUGACUUUUCACCUGAGUUCUAAUAAAUCAGAUCAUUCUUAAUGUUAUUUGAUCAAAAGUAAAUUAAAUUUACAAAUCUAAUUACCAAAUCAGAGAAAGGUUUUGUUCUUCUCCCUGAAUCAAAUCUCAACAAUGGCUCUGAGAUGGCACAGCAGGAAGCUAGCCCUUCCCCUGGCGCUGAGGUUGUUGGCCGCGCCUUUGUGGAGCAAUACUAUCACAUUCUCCACCAGUCUCCCGGUUUAGUUCACCGGUUUUAUCAGGAUUCCAGCUUGUUAACCAGACCUGAUGCGACCGGUGCUGUGACUACUGUCACAACUAUGCUAGCGAUCAACGAUAAGAUCCUGUCAUUGAAAUACGAAGAGUACACUGCCGAGAUAGAAACUGCGGAUGCUCAGGAGUCUCAUGAGAGAGGCGUCAUCGUCCUGGUGACGGGACGUUUAACCGGGAACGAUAACGUGAGGAAGAAGUUCAGCCAAACUUUCUUCUUGGCUCCACAGGACAAGGGCUACUUUGUCUUGAACGACGUGUUUCGCUUCCUCGAGGAAAAUAAGGUGACAACGCAAGCCAUCAAUGGAACAACCACCAGAGAUGUUCACACUCCUGUGGAACCAGAACGUGUUGUUGUCAGUCGCGAGGCCGAGGUGGAGCCAGAGCCAGUUGCUACUAUUGAGGAGGAGGAAGAUCUUGACAGUGUGGCGGAGGUGUACGAUCCUUCUGAUAAAGAUGAAGGAGUUGUUGUUGACGCUGAGCCUAUCGAACCUCCAGCGCAAAUAAGUCACAGUGAGGUUCCAUCACUGCCUCAGGGAGAUGCUCCUAAGCAUUCAUAUGCUUCAAUCCUCAAACUGAUGAAAAGCGGUCCAGCACCAACAACACAAGUUGCUCGGAGCAAGCCAAGAGCAGCAGCUCCUGUCGUUACCAAACCGAAGCCAGCUGCUCCUCCUGCUGAGCCUGCAGCAGCAGCACCAGAGAAUGUUCCAAACAGUAGCAAUGUUGAUGUUGAAGAUGAUGGACAUUCGAUUUAUGUUCGAAACUUAACUUUCGACACUACACCAACACAGCUUGAAGAGGUGUUCAAGAGCUUUGGUGCUAUCAAGCAUGAAGGGAUUCAAGUCAGAAGCAAUAAGCAGCAAGGUUUCUGUUUUGGUUUUGUGGAGUUUGAAACGGCUAGCGGGAAGCAAAGUGCUCUCGAGGCCUCACCGGUUACAAUUGGUGAUCGUCAAGCUGUUUUAGAGGAGAAGAAAACAAACAGUCGAGGAGGAGGUAACAAUGGAGGUGGAAGGGGUAGGUACUUUGGGGGAAGAGGAGGCUUCAGAAACGAGAGUUUCAAAGGAGGACGUGGUGGAGGAGGAGGAAGAGGAGGCUAUGGAAGAGGUGAAUAUUCCGGUAGACCAAGGAGUUCAAACCCUCGGAACAAUGGAGAAGGUUACCAAAGGGUUCCUCAAAACGGAGGGAGUGGAAGAGGAGGACAUGGUGGGCCUCGCGGUGGUGCUUCAUCUUAACUUUGCAUGUAACGGCAUCCUCCUCCAUAAGAGGAUAGUUUUUUUUUAUUUUUGUUUUGCACCUUUUCUAUUCUUUUUGCUUGCCGUUACUUGAGAGUUGAGUUUGAUAGUAGUAUUUGUUUUCUUGGUCGGUUUUUCAUCCUUUCUUUUAAGUCUUCUUUAGAACCUUUCUUCAUAAACAUUCAAUUUCAUAAAAGUCCAUUAUAAAGUUGUGUUCUUUUUCCU